UCGUUACAUACCGACACCUCAGUUGAUGUCUCUACUCAGCCAGCAGUUAUGAUGUACUUCUUGGAUCGUUUCAUCUAGGAUGGCAAGGCGUCCUGCUGGCAGGUACAUGAAAGCGACGCAUACAGUAGGCCUAUAAUGACAGUGUUUCUUUGGCAGGCAGUCACGACGGUAGCCGCCCCGCUGCAGACACCGCGCCCGUAAGUACAAACGACGGCUCAGACGACGUGCCAUGCGAUCUCGUCCUCGACGGCCAACUCUUAUUGACAGUCUUGUGCCCCUUCCCAACGGCCGGUCAAAAUCAUCGCGCGAAUACGGAGCCUAUGUCGAACCCGCCCCAUUGUUGUUUCAUCUUCUGUAUCGACACUCUCGCUCUUUCAGCAUGCGCCCCUUGUGCGUUAGAGUAUUGGGCUUGUCGUUGUGCCGACUUCUGAAUUGGUGACGGGAGAUAGCUCACCCAGGUCACUCGAGUGCCGGUCGACCAGGUACAACUGUAUGAGGCUCCGAAUAUACUGGCGAGGUGCUCAUUCUAGCCCGGAGCGUCUGGAGUGGGAGUGGUGUGUCUGCUCGGGCCCCGCAUCUGCAGCCUUUGUAAGAAGCGUAGGGGUUGUUGAUGUGCAUGGCGCUGAUGUAGCGGAGCGGAGUGCGGAUGACAGCGCUGCUGGGAACUGUGCACUCGCACGCGCAAGGAAUGCCGCAGGAGGUCAUAACGGAAGGAGUGUACACGGAUGUGCCUGAAGGAGUGAGCGUAUGUGGGGAGUGCGACGUGUUCGCGUCCGUCGCCCCUUUUGGACCUGCCAUCGAUGAGUGAACGCAUGUGCGACAGGAUGCGUGGUAUGAGAGAUGUCACUUGAUGAGCCAGGGACUCUGGAAUUGGACCACCGAAAGCUCUUCCACCGACGACUCUGGCGUGUUCACCACAUCGGCAGCCAACAGCGGAACGCGUCCGGUCACCCAUGUCUCGGGUGCUGCGCGUGCAUCUGCCUCUCCAACAGCUUCAUCAUCUCCGUUCUCGAGCAGGCCUCGCGAUCUCCCUCUCGCGCUCCUUCAUUCCAACACUAAUUUGUGCGCAACUUUCCGUUGAAGGUUGUAUAAUGGACCCAGACUCCGACUCAGAGCUGCUCAACGUUCUCGCGUCCAAAAUCUGGACGCACGGCUCGCGCUCUUGGGCCCCCUUCUCCCACUUCUCCUGUCUCUUAAAUGUACCCUCCCCUUCCCUCUCCACCUAUCGCGGUCCUGUCCGCGUUCCCAUCGGAAUUCACGUUGAGGUAUUUGCCAGAUAGUCAGUGCUAGAAUGCGAGGAUGAUGAGCUCACCGCGUUAUAAGAUCCUCAAUGUCCGUCGUAAGCCAGUUGCCCAAGUACUGGAAGGUAUCAUGACAUUCUGACGACACGACGGGCACGGGUGUCUGUGGCCCUCUCGGGGUUGUGCGCUCGAGCGGGAAUGUGGAGAGAGGUAACGUUGGAGAUGCAGUCCUGGCUGCGGAGGUAGGGAGGCGCGACGCAUGCGCUAUUGCUUGCUAUGAGAUGGAAAGUGUUGCCGUGGGACGGAUGGGGAAGCGCAUGCGGAUGUGAGCGGUGGCGAAGGACCGCAGUGGUACCUGAGCAAUCUCGAGAGCAUCUGCUGAGGUGUCGAAUUUCGGGGAGCUGGUCGUUGUUGUGGGUGCGAGUAGCUGUGAG